UCCAAGCCUUAGAAGUCCUCAGUACCUAUCCGCUCUUUUUUCAAUCUAAAUCUCGAAUCGGGUUUGGCACAAAAUCUCAAAUUGGGUUUGGCCAGAAUUUCUACAAGGAGCUAUGUAUGGAGAGUAUUGGAGAUUUAGAAGGAAAAGAUUUUGGCGAUACUUGGAGAAGAAAAAAGUUAUAUCACCCAGGUUUUUGCUACUGAGAUUUCACAAAGCUUAUUUUCUACAAAGUCAAGGUGAAUCUAGAAGUUUGGAAACCUCAAAAAUUCCAGCAAAGGUGUUUAGAUACUUUCCAUUGAUACAGAGGCUUCAAAGAUUAUUUAUGUCAUCUAAAACAUCUACUGAUAUGAGAUGGCAUGCAGAAGGUCGCACUAAAGACGGGGUAAUGUGGCAUCCUGCUGAUAGUAUUGCUUGGAGAAAAUUUGAUGAAUCGCAUCAAGAUUUUUCUCAAGAUCCUCAAAAUGUUAGACUUGGAUUGGCUUCAGAUGGAUUUAAUCCAUUCAAGUCUAUGUCUAUCUCACAUAGUACAUGGCCAGUUGUCUUGGUUUCAUAUAACUUGCCACCAUGGUUGUGCAUAAAGCAACCAUACAUGAUAUUAUCAAUGAUUAUUGAUGGCCCUCAUGCACCGGGCAAUGAUACUGAUGUCUAUCUACGACCGUUAAUUGAUGAGUUAAAAGAAUUGUGGGUUGGUGUUGACACUUAUGAUGCAUCAAAGAAUCAUAUGUUUCAAAUGCGUACUUCAUUGCUUUGGACAGUCAGUGAUUUUCCAGCACUAGGUAACUUAUCAGGAUAUGGUGUGAAAACUAGAUAUGCUUGUCCAUGUUGUCUGAACAAGACUAAAUUUCUGAGAUUGAAAUAUGGGCGAAAAUAUUGUUUCAUGUCGCGCAUGCGAUGGUUACCCCAUGGGCACAAGUUUCGAAAAGAUAAAGUUUAGUUUGAUUAUUUUAAGGAGUUAGAGGCAGCACCUAAAUGUUUGUCAUUUAUUGAAGUUCUUAAGCAAUUGAAAGGUAUUAAAAAUAAAUUCGGAAAAUGUCCAUCGAUCAAAUCCCAGAAAAGAAAAUGGAAGAAUUCUGAUCAUGUUGAUGAUGCCAUGUUGCAAUAUUUAUGGAAGAAAAAGAGCAUAUUUUUUGAGUUAGACUACUGAAAAGAUAAUAUGAUUCGUCAUAAUCUUGACACAAUGCAUAUUGAAAAGAAUGUAUUUGACAAUAUAUUUUGGACAUUACUAAAUAUUGACGGGAAAGGAAAAGACAAUCUGAAUUCUCGUUUGGAUUUACAAGAGAUGGGGAUUCGAAAGGCGUUGCACCCUAAACAAAGAGCUAAUGGCAAAUACUAUCUACCUCCGGCAUGUUUCACCUUAAGCAAUGCACAAAAAGAUAUGCUCUUACAAGUUUUAAGAGAUGUGAAAGUACCGGAUGGAUAUGCUUCAAAUAUAUCAUGUUGUGUUGAUCUUAAGCAACGCACUGUGCAUGGAUUGAAGAGUCAUGACUGCCAUAUUUUAAUGCAACAACUCCUUCGUAUUGCUUUGCGAGGCCUCCUUCCCAUGAAUGUCCUUAAGCCAAUUAUCGAAUUAAGUAACUUUUUUAGGGGCAUUUGUUCAAUAGUUAUGAAUAUAGGUGAAUUAGAAAAGCUCCAAGAUCGAGUUGCAAUAACUCUUUGUCAUUUGGAGAGAAUAUUUCCUCCAUCUUUUUUUGAUAUCAUGGAACAUCUAGUCAUCCAUUUAGCUGAAGAGGCAAAGAUUGGUGGACCUCCACAAUACCGUUCGAUGUGGGCAUUUGAAAGGUACUUGCUUACUCUUAAAAAUUAUGUGAGGAGUAGAAGCCAUCCAAAAGGUUCAAUUGCAGAGGGAUAUUGGAUAGAAGAGUGCAUGACAUUCUGCUCAAGAUAUUUACAUGAUAUGAAAACAAAAUUAAAUGGACCUUUAAGAAAUUAUGAUUUGUAUAAUGAGAUUCCAAAUCAAUAGGCUCGUCAAUCAACUAAAAUUGACGGGUUUACGCUUGAUGACAUUACCCAUGCCCAAGCACACAGAUAUAUUUUAUUUAAUUCUGCUACCACAACUCCAUAUCGCGAUGAGCAUAUAAAAGAAAUCAAGAAGCAAAAUCCUCGUCUAUCGAGACAUGAUGUGGAUCAGAUUCACAAUGAAAAUUUUCACAUAUGGUUUAGAAAAUAUGUAAUUAUGAACCAGCUAAAAUGCAUUUACACACACACACACACUAUAUAGAAUAUCAUUUUAUAAUUAGUUCUUGCUUAUUUAUAAUUGAUAGGUUGAGAAGAUACAUAUGGCAGGUGAGCAAAUACCAAAAGAAAUUCAAAAUCUAAUUAUUGGCCCAUCAAAGCAAGCAAAAAGGAUGAGCGGAUACAUAAGUAAUGGAGUUAGAUACCUAAAAAAGCCUCGUGAUGCAAAGCUAAAAAUACAAAAUAGUGGUUAUGGUAAAGGCUGCCACUCAGAGCUAUGCAAGCGCAAGAGACAGAAAUCCCAUAUUAGUAGAAGUCACCUUUUAUGAAAUUCUCACGGACAUAAUUGAGUUGUAUUAUACCGCAAACCUCAAGUUUAUUCUAUUUAGAUGUGAAUGGGUAGACAAUAACAAGGGGCUUAUUGUGGACGAUGAUUAUGGAUUUACUCUUGUUAAUUUUUCUCAUCUACUCUACAAAAGGCAGCACCCGUCAAAUGAACCUUUCAUCUUUGCUUCUCAAGCUCAACAGGUGUUUUAUGUCUAUCAUCCAAUGGCAAAAGAAUGGCAGAUUGUAGUUGAAAUUAAACCAAGAGGUUUUUGUAAUUUAGGUGAAAACAAACUAGCAAAUGAGCAUAUGGAAUAGCACAUGGAAUUGUGGCCAGAACAACAGCUGGAUGAUACUAUAUUUGAAAAUGAAGAGGAUAUUGAAUGGGUUAGAGAAGGUGUGCGGGAAUAGAAAUUGACCCACUUACUUUGGAAAGUAAUGAGACAUAUGAUGAAGAAGACGACAUAUCUUAGUUACUUUUAUUAUUUUUGUCAUUAUUUUAGUAAAGAUUGUUAUUGAACAUAUAUAGAUCAUCGUGUUGGGGAUUUCUUACUAUGCGUUUUAGUUGUUUAAAUCUCGUAUGUGCAUGUGUCUUUUUGUUUGGCUUGUUAGUUUGAUAUUAUUUUAUACUUUUGGAUAGUAGAAAAUAUUUUUUAAUUUUGCAGGAACUAUAGUAUUUGAGCAAAUUUAUUGUGAUGGCAAGAAAAAGACAGAGAACUUCCAGUCAAGAAAUGCUUCUGCCUGAUUUUUCGGAGUAACAAGAAGAACAAAUGGGAGGUGCGGCAAUGCCUCAACCACCUCAAAACUGGCCACAAAAUGAAGUACAAGCUAUCCGAUCUGGUAAAUCAAGAAAUGAUUCACAUGAAAUAGAAAAUUCCCUAGACUCUAGUGUUAGUGAAGAGCAAUCUAAGCGACCUAGGGAUCCUACUAUGAUGCACUCAGGAUGGGGAAAAGAUGGUGGCAUUUUACAUGUUGAGUUCAAUGAUCUUAGCCAAGCUAUUAGGCCUGAUGCAGCUAGAUUGAGUUCAAAACUUGGUGUCAUAGCACGAAAUGGCAUUUUAGCUCCCUUAAAUCAUAAAGAUUGGAGGCUUGUGCCUAAACUGUACAAGAAUAGGAUAUGGGCUCAUAUUAAGGAAAAUACUGAUGCUACUGAGGAUAUGAGACGUAUGUUGAUGAUAUCGGUUGGAUCUAAAUGGAAAGAAUGGAAGCAUGAAGCAAAAAUGAUCGGUUAUGAGCCAUAUAACAACGAUAUUGAACGCUUAUCUAAAUGUCCAGAUAGGAUAGAAGAAGACCAGUGGAAUGCAUUAGUUCAUUAUUGGAGCUCUAAUGAAGCAAAGGAAAAAAGCGAGAGGAACAAAAAAAGUCGAAGGAAGUUGAGUAUGCCACACACAUCAGGAAGAAAAAGUCAUUCUCAAAUUAUAGAUAAUAUGACAAAGAAGAAUGGUGUAAAACCAAGUCGUAUCGAGGUGUUCAAAGAAACACGUACGAGAAAGAAUAAACAACCAAUAAAUGAGAUAGCUAAUGAAACUAUGAAAGAAAUGGAUGAACUUGCUAAGGUGUAUCCUGAGUUAAAUAUCCCUGGAAGUGCUCCCAAUGAUGUGUAUGCACAGGUUAUGGGAUCAGACACUCAUGAAAAUGUUCGAACUCUAGGAAAAGGAGCAGCUCCAAGUUUUGUUUAUGGCCCUGCAUAUAAACGAUCCCAGGCUGAGCAAAGAGAAUUUGAUAGAAGGGUUGAGAUAGAAGUUGAAAAAGCUACCUCCGCCAUAAGAAUUGAGAUGGAAGAAAAAUUGUCUGAAGCAAAUGAAAAAAUAGAAGCGAAGGAGAAAAAGUUAUUUGAAGCAAAAUAAGAAAUAAAAGAGAUGGGAAAAAAAUAUUUGAAGCAACAAAGGAUAUGGAAGCAAAAAUAGACGAGAAAGUAAAGUUGGGUAUAGGUGCAUAUCUAAAGUCUUUGGGUAUUACUAUUGGCUCAAAUAGGAAAUUAUUUGGUAAUGAGCAGGUUUCUGAUAACUCAAUGGACGAUCACCAACAAUCACUAUCACAUGUUUCCGUUGUUCACACAAAGAAGGUUAACAUAAUCAAGAAGACUGCAGUUAGUGAAGUUGGCACAAAGAAAAAGAAGUGGCAUUUUUGAAGGAAGUGAUACAUGUCAAUUACUGGCAAUGAAAAGCUUGACUUGUGGAUAGUUGGUUUUAUAAGAUUUAGUCUAGAAGUUAAGGAAAUUAAUUCGAAUUAGGAGUGAUCUUAACGUACUUACACGCUGAAGUUACUAUCUUUUAUGAUUUAGUUAGAUUUGAGUUUUACGUGAGAACAAAUUAUUUGAUUUGACAUA